AUGUGGUUGUAUGUGGUUGUAUGUGGUUGUGUGUGGUUGUGUGUGGUUGUAUGUGGCUGUGUGUGGUUGUGUGUGGUUGUGUGUGGUUGUAUGUGGCUGUGUGUGGUUGUGUGUGGUUGUGUGUGGUUGUGUGUGGUUGUAUGUGGCUGUGUGUGGUUGUGUGUGGCUGUGUGUGGUUGUGUGUGGUUGUGUGUGGUUGUGUGUGGUUGUGUGUGGCUGUGUGUGGUUGUGUGUGGUUGUGUGUGGCUGUGUGUGGUUGUGUGUGGUUGUGUGUGGUUGUAUGUGGCUGUGUGUGGUUGUGUGUGGCUGUGUGUGGUUGUAUGUGGUUGUGUGUGGUUGUGUGUGGUUGUAUGUGGCUGUGUGUGGUUGUGUGUGGUUGUGUGUGGUUGUGUGUGGUUGUGUGUGGUUGUAUGUGGCUGUGUGUGGUUGUGUGUGGUUGUGUGUAGUUGUGUGUGGUUGUGUGUGGCUGUGUGUGGUUGUGUGUGGUUGUGUGUGGUUGUGUGUGGUUGUAUGUGGCUGUGUGUGGUUGUGUGUGGUUGUGUGUGGUUGUGUGUGGUUGUGUGUGGUUGUGUGUGGUUGUGUGUGGUUGUGUGUGGCUGUGUGUGGUUGUGUGUGGUUGUGUGUGGUUGUGUGUGGUUGUGUGUGGUUGUGUGUGGUUGUGUGUGGCUGUGUGUGGUUGUGUGUGGUUGUGUGUGGUUGUAUGUGGCUGUGUGUGGUUGUGUGUGGCUGUGUGUGGUUGUGUGUGGUUGUAUGUGGUUGUGUGGGGUUGUGUGUGGUUGUGUGCGGUUGUGUGUGGUUGUGUGUGGUUGUAUGUGGUUGUGUGUGGUUGUGUGUGGUUGUAUGUGGCUGUGUGUGGUUGUGUGUGGUUGUGUGUGGUUGUGUGUGUGGUUGUGUGUGGCUGUGUGUGGUUGUGUGUGGCUGUGUGUGGUUGUGUGUGGUUGUGUGUGGUUGUGUGUGGUUGUAUGUGGUUGUGUGUGGUUGUGUGUGGUUGUAUGUGGCUGUGUGUGGUUGUGUGUGGCUGUGUGUGGUUGUGUGUGGUUGUGUGUGGCUGUGUGUGGUUGUGUGUGGCUGUGUGUGGUUGUGUGUGGUUGUGUGUGGUUGUGUGUGGUUGUAUGUGGUUGUGUGUGGUUGUAUGUGGUUGUGUGGGGUUGUGUGUGGUUGUGUGAGGUUGUGUGUGGUUGUGUGUGGUUGUAUGUGGUUGUGUGUGGUUGUGUGUGGUUGUAUGUGGCUGUGUGUGGUUGUGUGUGGUUGUGUGUGGUUGUGUGUGGUUGUGUGUGGCUGUGUGUGGUUGUGUGUGGCUGUGUGUGGUUGUGUGUGGUUGUGUGUGGUUGUGUGUGGUUGUAUGUGGUUGUGUGUGGUUGUGUGUGGUUGUAUGUGGCUGUGUGUGGUUGUGUGUGGCUGUGUGUGGUUGUGUGUGGUUGUGUGUGGCUGUGUGUGGUUGUGUGUGGCUGUGUGUGGCUGUGUGUGGUUGUGUGUGGUUGUGUGUGGUUGUAUGUGGUUGUGUGUGGUUGUGUGUGGUUGUAUGUGGCUGUGUGUGGUUGUGUGUGGCUGUGUGUGGUUGUGUGUGGUUGUGUGUGGCUGUGUGUGGUUGUGUGUGGCUGUGUGUGGUUGUGUGUGGUUGUGUGUGGCUGUGUGUGGUUGUGUGUGGUUGUUAAUCUAUCUAGGCAGAUCAUUGAGGUCAUCAUCUCAACUCCUCCUGGAAGUACCUAG